CAACCCCCCCCCCCAUUGAAUCUCAGAAUCCUCAAUUCCCUAAUUUUGGUCAACUGUUCUACAGCCUUCUUGCCUAUUUCCUCCUGCAAGUCUGCAUGAGUUGGAAAGAAGAACGCAAUUGGACCUUCAAGCCUAGGUACUUGAAGCAUCCAUGGGGUUGGUUAUCUUUUCUCACUCACCAUCUUCGUCUCCCAUCGCCAUUUUUCUUCGCCAUUCUCCUUCUCCCUUACCUCGUCCUCGAAUUCGCCGUCGCCCCUCCACUAGCCGAUGGUUGAAUCGUUCUGCGGCUUCUUUCACCAGGCUGGACUGUUUUACUUCAAGGUGUUCCAUUACAAAUGCUGAUUUACAUUUCAACCACGUUGCUACAGAGGAAGAGGGGCAGGAUGAAUUUUCAUCUGUCUCAUCUGGGUGCUCAGUCCCUGUUGUUCGUCUCAAAUCAGAGAUUAUUGAGACUGAAUCAUUGAAUUUACUGGCUGAAGAGACCUAUAUGAAUGAACUAUUGACAACGUUGCCAGUUUUAUCAGAGGAGGAGCAGAAUGCUUUAGCUGCCACUCCAGCUCACCCAGCAGGAUUAUAUGCAUUAUAUGCCAGUUGCUUAGCGGGUAAUUUGGUGGAGCAGCUCUGGAAUUUUGCUUGGCCUGCUGCAGUUGCAUUGCUUCAUCCAAGCCUUCUACCUGUGGCUGUUGUGGGUUUUUUCACAAAGCUUGCAAUAUUUGUUGGGGGUCCUUUGGUUGGAAAUCUUAUGGAUCAAUUUCCUAGAGUACCUACAUAUAACUUUUUGAGUUCCAUCCAGGCAGCUGCUCAGUUGGUAUCUGUAGCAAUGAUAAUUCAAGCUCAUAGUAUUCCUCCCUCCUCAGCUUCAUCUGUGCUUCUACAACCUUGGUUUGUCUUGCUAGUGUUAGCUGGAUCUGUUGAGAGGCUUUCUGGCUUGGCCCUGGGUGUUGCCAUGGAGCGUGAUUGGGUUGUGCUGUUAGCAGGUACAAAUAGACCUAUUGCACUUGCUCAAGCAAAUGCUAUUAUCAGUCGAAUUGAUCUUCUCUGUGAGAUAGUUGGUGCAUCACUGUUUGGUUUGCUUCUUUCUAAGUAUGACACAGUUACCUGCUUGAAGCUUUCUGCUGGCCUAAUGAUAUGUGCACUGCCUGUUGUGCUCCUUCUCAUGUGGCUAACCAACAAGCUCUCUACUGGUGUCCUUGAUCGUUAUAAAUGCCCUCAAGUUUGUGGGAAAUCUUUCACUGGGGAACCACUGUCUGAUAUGGGGAAUAUAGUGGAGAUUGGUAUGGAUGCAAUUAAGAAGGGGUGGACAGAGUACAAGCAGCAGCCCGUUCUUCCUGCAAGUAUGGCUUAUGUGCUCCUCUAUUUCAAUGUUGUCCUUACUCCUGGAGGAUUAAUGACGGCGUUCUUAACACAGCAUGGUUUAAAUCCAUCAAUUAUUGGUGGGUUUAGUGGAUUAUGUGCUUUCAUGGGCGUUGCUGCAACAUUUAUUUCAGCAAAUCUGGUCAAGCGGCUAGGCAUUCUGAAGGCUGGAGCAGCUGGGUUGAUAUUCCAGGCUUCACUGCUCACUCUGGCUGUUGCUGUAUACUGGAGUGGUUCUCUUUCCCAAAAAAUGCCAUUACUUUUCUUCCUAUGUUUGAUUGUAUUAUCAAGAUUGGGCCACAUGUCAUAUGAUGUUAUUGGGGCCCAAAUUCUUCAGACUGGAAUCCCAACUUCCAAGGCAAAUCUGAUUGGAACGACGGAGAUUUCAGUGGCAAGCCUGGCAGAGUUUGUAAUGUUGGGAGUGGCUAUAAUUGCAAAUGAUGUUUCACAUUUUGGUUUUCUAGCAAUGCUCUCACUGUCAUCGGUGGUGGGGGCAGCAUGGCUGUUUUGCCGAUGGCUAUUGAAUCCAACAGAUGAACAGAGAAAGCUUUUCUCCUUUGAUCCCCAAUUUUGAUUCUU